AUGGCACACAAACUGGACCUGGAAGAAAUUGCCAGCUUGGAUAAGGCCAAGCUGAAGGCCACAGACAUGCAGAACACUCUGCCGACCAAAGAGACCACAGAGCAGGAGAAGUGGAGGGAGAUUUCCUGA